AUGAAAGGUAUGAAUAUACAAUUUAUUGCUCCGAUAAUCCAAAAUGGAGAGAAGAUUGUGAAAUUAGACCUCGAGGAUGUAGAGCAGGAAAAUGAUAAGUGGAGAUCUGCGAUUGUGCUUUAUGUGAUAGGAGAUUCACCUACUAUUGGAGCAACGGAAAGAUUCCUGAGAUCAGUAGGUAAAUUUUUAGGGAAGCCACAGAUCUACUAUCAUAAUGAUGAUUACUCUGUGAUAAGGUUUAGUAAUUUGGAAGAAAGAGAUCAAGUACUGUAUUCCGGCCCUCAUACAGUGAACAAUCGUCCAAUUAUCAUGAAAGCAUGGUCAGCAGAUUUCACUUUGCAUGAUGAAGUACUGAAAACCAUUCCCCUGUGGGUCAGAUUCCCAAAUUUGCCGCUCAAUUGCUGGAGUAUGAAGGCCCUAAGUAAGUUAGGUAGUGCUUUGGGAAAUCCUGUUUAUGCUGAUGAGUGCACUACUGAAUCAAUAAUUGAAAUGGAUGUCACUCUACCAUUGCCUAGGAAUGUGAAGCUGCAAGACCCAAAGGGCAAAAUAAUACAACAGGAAAUUACAUAUGAUUGGGAGCUAUCAUUCUGUGCUAAAUGUCUGAAAAUAGGCCAUGACUGUAAUGAACAAGGGGCAAAGACAAAGGACAAUGAGAAACAAGGAAAGGAUGAUGGGUGGAUAACAGUGCUUGGUAAAUCAGCAGCAAGGGCAGCCAAAGCUAAACAAAAUGAGGAGCAGAGUCUGGUUGGGAACAAUGGAUUCCAAUCUCUGAGAAAUGAUCAAGCAAAUAGUGACCCGGGCACAAGUUGUAUGCAGAUGGGGAGUGGAGGGGUGCAAGAGCUGUAUCAAGGUACUCAGUUCAUACCAAUAUGA